AUGGAAGUGAAGAUCCUUCACAGGAACCCGGAGGAAUACAAGAACAACCCGGGGGCCUCCACCUACAAACAUAGCAGAAGCGUCGACCCUAACAUUCACCUCUUCCAGAGGGAAAUAGAAUAUAAGAGGGCCCUAAAUGCAACGAAAAUAGAUAAAAUUUUUGCCAAGCCAUUAGUUAAGUGUCUGGAUGGACACGACGAUUCAGUCCGAUCACUCUGUGUGUCAAAUAAGUCCCUAACUGAUCUGUACAGCGGGAGCUGUAACGGCUUCAUUAACAUUUGGAAUGUGCUGAAUAAAGUGUUAAUUAGAAAAGUGAAGGCCCACGAAGGAUUCGUGAGGGGGCUGUGCGUCAGUCACGACGAGAAAUUCCUCUUCAGUUGUGGCGACGACAAGUACAUUAAGCAGUGGGCUAUCGAGAAGAGCAGGGGGGUGAGCGAGCUGGGCGGCCAGGAGAAUGCCAGCAACUUCGCCGCGAGCAGUCUGGCCGCAAACAGCCUGAUCGCUUCUCAGCGCUCUCUCGCCUCGGGCGCGCUUGUGGCCAGCCAAAAUAUGCAGAACCUGAACCAUCUGUCCGACGAAGUGACGCCAAAAAAGAUCUAUGUUUGCAAAAGCGUGCCCAACAGCAUCGAUAAGCAUUUCUCAGAGCCGCUAAUCAUAUCAGGCAGCCAACACCUGGAUGUCUGGGACUACUACCGAAACAAUGCCAUAGCAAGUUUCGAUUACAACAGUGAAUACAUAUAUUACGUGAAGUUCAAUUACUCACAGAGAAACCUAGUUGGGUUAACUCUUUCGGAUAACUCUAUAGGGCUAGCUGACAUAAGAGCCAAGACGCCGAUCAAGAAAAUAUUCCUAAAAUACAGAUGCAAUUCGCUAAGUUGGAAUAAUAUGAACCCAAAACAGUUUGUCGUGGCCAAUGAAGAUUCAAACCUUUACACCUUUGACAUGAGGUACUUAAAAACUGCUACUCUUGUGCACAAAGGGUUUGUAAAUGCUGUGCUGGAUGUUGAUUACUCUCCCAUUGGAGACAAAUUUGUUGCUUGUUCGUAUGACAAGACAGUUAGAUUAUUUAAUAGCGAUGAAUCAAGGAGCUAUGAUGUGUACCACACAAAGAGAAUGCAGCAUGUCCUUUGCUGUAAGUUUAGCUUAGACGCCAAAUACGUCUACACCGGAAGCUCAGACAUGUGUAUUCGUAUAUGGAAAUCUUGCGCCCAUGAACCAUCUGGUGUUUUGUCGUACAAGGAAAAACAAGCCAUAAACUACCGAAAUAAACUGAAGGAGAAAUAUUCCUCGCUGAAGGAAAUUAGACGCAUCAGAGAUCAUCACCAUGUCCCUGCGCUCAUCAAGAGCAUGUCCGACAAGAAGAAGGUGAUGCUAGAGGCCAAGAAGAGGCGCGAGAAUAACAGAGUCAAGCACUCGAAGGACCCAGACCAGCUGCCCAUUCCGGAGAAGAAAAAAAUAUUCGUCACGGAGCAGUAG